CGAGAGAGGAGAGAGUUGUCUCGAACCGAAGGAGAGAAAAAAUGGAGGGAGAGCAACUGGACGAGUUUGUGUUGGCGUACUUGAAGAAGAAGGGAUUCAAGCUUGCUGCAAAAGGUCUCCAAGAGGAUCUUCAGCAGAACAAGGACAAGGAAAGUGGAAGCAACACCAAUGGCAGCAGUGUCAGCUCUAUCGAUUUCCAAAACGAUCCCGAGCUCUCCAAGCUCAUUCGCUCCUUCUCCCAAUCAGAAGAUGAUCCAGCUCGGUAUCGUGAGGGCUACAGCAAACUACGGUCGUGGGCAUAUGAUUCACUGGACCUGUACAAGCAUGAAUUGCUCCGUGUGAUGUAUCCUGUGUUUAUUCAUUCUUACAUGGAUCUGGUGGCAAAAGGGCAUACUCAAGAUGCUAGAGCCUUCUUCAAUAGCUUUCGUGAAGCUCACGAGAUUGUACACUUAAGGGAACUUCAGAAGCUGGAGGGCGUACUUUCUCCAUCUCACCUGGAGGAAAUGGAGUUUGCACGUUCUCUUAGACAAAGCAAGGUCAACAUCAGAAUUUGCCAGUAUUCCUAUGAUCUGUUGCUUCAGUAUCUGCACAGGACAGAGUCCACCAUCAUGCUUGGUAUUAUCAAUGAGCACAUCAAUUUCCAAGUUUACUCUGGACAGCCAACUUCAGCAUCUGAUGACACAGAAGCUGUAACACUUAUUGGUAGUUUUCAGGACACAGCUAAUCACAUCAACCAAAAAGAAAUACAGUGGGGUUUGCUCGAAGACUGUCUAGAAGAUCGCUUUGAGAAGACUGGAGGUUUGCCAGCUGAUUCUGACAAGGGGCACAUAGAAAGCAAAGAUGGGGAGAUGGAUGAUAGUAAGAAAAGAGCCAUAGAAACUGGGAAGCAUGGUUCUUCAAUAAAAAAGUUGAAGAAGGACAAAGCAGCAAAUGCAGCACCAAAAGUCGUGCGUCAGGAGGCCAGCACUGUCUCAACAGCGCCACGAGUGAAACCAGAGCUUUCUUUGCCAGUAAUGUCUACGGAUGUCGAACAAUCCAUUCUUGAAGACUUGAGAAACCGUGUGCAGUUGAGUAGUGUUGCAAUGCCAUCUGUCAGCUUUUAUACAUUUAUCAAUACUCAUAACGGGUUAAACUGUGUAUCUAUGUCUCAUGAUGGUUCUCUGGUUGCUGGUGGGUUCUCCGAUUCAUCAUUGAAGGUCUGGGACAUGGCAAAGAUUGGACAAGCUGGCAAUUCUGCUUUGCAGGGUGAAAUUGAUGCAAGUGAUCAAGCUGUGGGAGUUCAUGGCACAAAGAGAAAUUAUACGUUAUUCCUUGGUCAUUCAGGGCCAGUUUACUCUGCCACUUUCAAUCCUUCUGGAGAUUUCGUUUUAUCCUCUUCAGCAGAUACGACAAUACGGCUGUGGAGCACAAAACUAAAUGCUAAUCUUGUGUGUUACAAGGGUCAUAACUAUCCAGUAUGGGAUGUGCAGUUUAGUCCAUUAGGGCACUACUUUGCGAGCUGCUCCCAUGAUCGCACAGCCAGAAUUUGGUCAAUGGACAGAAUCCAACCACUGCGGAUAAUGGCUGGGCAUUUAUCUGAUGUUGAUUGUGUACAGUGGCAUGCCAAUUGCAAUUAUAUUGCAACUGGUUCUAGUGAUAAGACGGUUAGACUCUGGGAUGUCCAAACUGGGGAAUGUGUCCGGAUUUUCAUUGGCCACAGGAGCAUGGUUUUAUCAUUGGCAAUGUCACCGGAUGGCAGAUAUAUGGCAUCUGGGGAUGAAGAUGGCACCAUCAUGAUGUGGGAUCUUUCAACCGCCCGGUGUAUCACACCUCUCAUGGGACAUAACUCCUGUGUGUGGUCUCUCGAUUUCAGCUGCGAGGGCUCUCUCCUGGCUUCUGGGUCAGCUGACUGCACAGUAAAGCUAUGGGACAUCACCUCGAGCACCAAAAUGACAAAAGCGGAAGAGAAAAGCGGGAACCCAAACAGACUGCGAUCUCUCAAGACAUUCCCUACCAAAUCCACACCAGUUCAGUCUCUUCGAUUCUCAAGGAGAAAUCUGCUGUUUGCGGCCGGGGCUCUCUCUAAACCAGGCAACUGACCAUCCAAAAUCACUGUGCCAUUCUAAAGUGCAGCCGACCCCACAUAAAUUUGGGAUUAAGCGAUGUUGAUGUGCAGUUUAUACGGCGGCAGCGGCAGCAGCAGCAGCAGCAGCGGGGACGUCGUUAAGAGAGGAACUGUGGCUGUUUGUGGUGGGACAACGUUAAGACGACUUUGACAUGGCGGUUGCAAAUAUGUCUGCGUUGCCUUUGUUUCUGGUUUGGUGCUUUGGAUUUCAACAGUUUGUGUAUUGGUUGUUAAGGUUUUUUUUUUGGUCAUCUUUCUUCUUCAACUUUUAA